AUGUGUUAUAUAUCCUCUUUGCACCAAGACAAGACUGAUCACUUUGCAUUCACUUUGCCUGACGCAAGACUUGGGUGGUCUCGGCAGGAAACUGACUGUUGGCACGCCCAUGAAGCUUGUGUUAAUUUGCUGCUUUCCGGGUUUCAGAGGAGCACUCUCCCGACCCUUGUGUUGUUCAGUGACUGUGCUGCUCAGCGGGCUAGUGGCAAAGUCGUCAAAAAUGGCGCACGCUUCAGAGACUCCAGUGAAAAAUGUGUGCCAGCUGAAAUCCGUCCCACCUGCGGAGUAAGACUGUGGACCGUCUUCACCAUGUUGCACCUCAAAGCAUCAUAG